AUGGGCCAGCAACAGACCAAAGAGGCUGGCGCGUUUGGGGUGCCGGGCCAGCAUUCUGGCCAUGCACGCGCAUCAUCGCGAGGCAUGUCGCCCUCUACAUCUGCGGCCCUGGUCGCCUCGCUGUCGUCGUCCAACCUGCGCCCUCCAUCCCCGCCGCCUCUGCCAGCUCAUCUCGCCGAUUCGGUCAAAGUCGAUGAGGGUGGACUUGUCCCCCACGGCGUCUACACUGGUCCGCAGGACUACGACCAGCAUUUUGUGCGCCAGAAUAUUGUCGACCGUCGACUCGCCCCCUUUUGCAAGGGCACUGACGACGACGAGGAACUCGCCGACAGCAGAUUCAACAGCGAAUGUCCCAUCUGCUUCCUCAAUUACCCCACACCUCUCAACUUUUCGCGCUGCUGCCGCCAACCGAUCUGCACCGAAUGCUUUGUACAGAUGCAGCGUGCCGACCCAAACUCGCACAAUCCGCCUUCUUCCGAGCCACGAGCUUGCCCUUUUUGCGUCGAGCCCGAUUUCGGCGUGACCUACCUUCCUCCCGAAGCGCUGGAGAACGGCCGACGUUCGAGCAGCAGCGGCAGCGGAAGCAAUAGUCCCAACGAUGCUACCGACGCUGCCAACUUUGCCGAAAUGGCCAUCGGAACCGGUGGCGCAGGUGUCUCGGGAGCUGGAAAGAAAAGGAUCCUGCCUGCUGAUGAUCCGAGCGUCAUCACCGUAGACCAGGUGCGACCGGACUGGCACUUUAAGCUGGCGCAAGCCGAGGCCGCCGUGGCUCGCAGGGCCAACCGACGAGUCAUCAUGCGACAAGUGGGCGAUCGUCUCAUUCCCAUUGGUAUUUCUUCCUCUCGCAUGGGCGCCGAUUUGGCUGCAGCUGCCGAGAGCGGCAGGAUCAAUCUCAACGGACCCGGUGGCAGUAUCAUCUUGAAUGACGGCCAAAACUGGCCAGGCGCCGGCUCGGUCACCACCUCUCGAAGGCGCAGCAGCCGCCCGAGCCGUGGAGGCAACGACGGCGUUCCCGAGCUAGCUCGACUAAUGCGGAUGGGCGCCGGCGAAGACAUGGAGGAGGCCAUGGUGAUGGAGGCCAUGCGUCUGAGCUUGCUCGAGCACGAAGAGCAGCAGCGCAAGCAGGCUGAGGAGGAAAAGAAGAAGAAGGCCGCUGCUGUUGCGGCGGGCGCACCAGCUCAGGGAUCGUCUAGGCCUUCGCCGGAACCAUCCGCAGCAGCAGCAAGCUCAUCGCGACUCUCGCAUUCGAAUGAGCCUUCUACGGGGAGUAGCGCAGCGACUGGAUCGGCGAAUGGAACUGCACAGUCGGUCUUGGAGGAGGCGGAAGCGUCGCACAGUAGCAAUAUGGUUAGACCGCCCUUCACUGGUGCUGCUUCGCCUGUUGCGCCUGGAACAUCAGCUCCGCGACUGCCGGUCAGUAUGGUAGAUCCAGCCUCGCUGGGACUGUCGCAAAAAACCAUGGACGAGCUCCGCGAACUGAUCGACGGAGGUCCUUCGCCACCCGCUUCGUCCGCGUCUGCUUCGUCGCCCGAUGGAAUUUCGUCUUCCACGCCGGUCGAAUUCACCGAAACGACACGCUCUUCGCGCUCGAUUCCCGCACCUGAGCCUGUUCCUGUACCGCAACCGGUAGCAGGUCUUGGCUCGGCUCUUCCACAACAGCAUGACCCGAGCAUCAGCACGCAGCACGGCUAUCCUUCGCCUCCGGCAGAGUCGAGUGCUGCGACCGCCAAGCAUGCCACUGCAUUCUCGACCACCACCUCUCACGUUAGCAGAUACUCGAGCGCACCAGGUAGCCCGGGAUCGUCUGAAUUUGCAGCAUCAGCAGCAGUGCCAAGAAGCCGUAUCAUCAACCCCAACAAUCCGUUCCGUCGCAGCAUGGGUGAUCAGCACCAUUGA